AUGUCCCUGGGCACGCACCCCUCGAAGCGCACCCUCGCCUCACUCUACCAAGCACUCGACUUCACCGACCACCUCCGCCUCACCGAACCCGACCUGGGCUACAGCACCACCACCUCGUCGGCCGCCGAAAACACCGACGCAAACCGAUACAGAGACAUCCUGGCCUACGACCAUGCGCUGCUACCUGGCGCAUAUCUCAACGCUGCCUACAUCCCACCGUUCCAUCCGACAAGCUUGAGCUUCGUGGUCAGCCAGGCGCCCCUGCCCGAGACGUACACUGCGUUUUACGGGCAUCUGGUGCAGGCACGCGUCGCCGUCUUGAUCAACCUCACGCCCUUGGUGGAAAAGGGCCGGAGCAAGGCGGACCAGUACUGGCCGAAUGCUGCACAGGGUGCAGAGGCGGUGCUAAGCAACGGAUGGAAGGUGCGCAGCGAGUCGGAGAAGCAGAUCCAGCUGGAUCAGGGCAAGGCGACGCUCAUCCGUCGAGUGCUCCACAUCGACACGGCCGAGCCCAAUGGAUGGCAGGUGACUCAGUUUCACCUCACGUCCUGGCCGGACCACGGCGUCUUCCCCACCUCGCUGCUUCUGCAGCUCAUGCACGAGACACAACAGGUGGCCAUGCCCAAGAUCUUCCCGCCCGCGCCGACGUGGAUCCACUGCUCGGCGGGUGUCGGGCGGUCCGGCACGCUCGCUGCCGCUUUUAUCGCUCAGGCGGCUAUCAACGUUGCCAAGCACCAAGGUCCAGAGCUGGUUCACAGCAAGAUUGGCACAGCUGCUGGUGCGGCUGUGUUGUGGGAUUUACCGGUCAGGAUUGUGGAACACCUGCGGAGGUACAGGGCGAGGAUGGUGCAGACUCUCGAGCAGUUUGAGGCGGUUUAUGAGAUUGUCGCUGAGCUUGCACGAGAGGCGGGAUUGGUCGACGACUAG